CCUACGUUGAGUUAUAUAGGCCUAUUUAAAUCGCAGCAUUUCCGCCAAAAUAUUCAAUUACAGCCAUUUCUUCAGCAUACUGCAUUUCCAAUUACGAAAGCGGAAAAUGAAGUCGAUUUUCAUUUUGGCUGCGACUUUAGCUUUUAUGGUGAGUCAGUGAGUGCAAUUUUAGUAAAUAUGCCGCGUGCAUGUGGAGAAUAUAUUUGUUCUUAGCUCCAUACAGUAUCACGAAGUUAAAUGUGUUUCAGUUUAAAAUCAAGUCUUCGUAUGUAACUGUCAAACUAUUUUCUAUCGGCAAAUCAUGCCUGCACGUAUAUUCAUGCAGUUUGCUCUUUACCGCUGGCAAUCGAGACUCUCCCCAUUGAGAGAUACGAGCAUGAAAUGAAUUGUCCGGAGUUAUAGACAGAGUAAAACAAAAGAUGUCAUGUUUAAAUUACUGCAUGUUCAUUAAUCCAAUCCUUACUGUAUUCUUCAGUGCAUUACUACACUAAUUAUACUGAUGGACAUACAUUGUUUUAGAGUUACUAUUAAUUUUGUACAUGAAAUUAAAAUGAAUAAAUAUUUGGGAUAGAAUGAUAUAACGUGCAUGGCUGAUCAAACAUCAAUUUAUUAGAUGAAAAUAGAUUUAUGUUAUUAUUAAGUAUUUAUUUAAUUUUAAUUUAUAUCCUAAUUUUUAGGUAUUUAACGUAAAUGGCGUUAUUCCUCCACCAGGUAUAAUUCGCGAUGUAUUGCGUCUAACUAAUAUAUUAGUUCAACUAAUUAUUACCAUUAAAAUAAAUGUGAUAUUGUUUUAAUUUCUCACCCUCAUGUUGUCACGCUCGUAUAUAAUGAAAAAUAAUAAUAACUAAUUAUACGUUUCGGGGGCACUGCAUUCCCCUCCGUCAGAAAUGAAAAAAGUUUAACUUCAUGUCCACGCACGUCCUUUAUAUCCUAGCCUUUACACAUUUUCAUAAACAUAAACUGAUUCUUCUGUUUUAAAUUUAACCCGAAAGGGACAUAAGUACUCAAUUUUUUAAUCUAAAAGAUUUCUCUUUCCGUAGGAUCACUGAUAUCUGUAAUUAGUGCCAAUAAUCUCUACACUGUACAUGUCAGUGUUCAUGGUACCUAUAUAUAUAGGUUUAAAUGUAGCCAUAUUUGCGACUGUAGAGAUGUUUUACCAUAUUGAAAUAUUUUUGGGUAAAGCUGCAUGAACAGGAAAACAAAGAUCUAAUCAUACAACAGGGGAUCUUAACUGAAUUUAUUAUCUGUCAAAGGAGCAUGCAAAGAAACAAGAAACAAAGACUUAACUGAUGCACUUAUAUCAACUAUAGGACAGCAUAUAACUAUAUAACUAUACAUACUUUAAUUGAUAUUAUUCUUACAAAAAUAGACGAUACAAAAAUCUCUGACACUGGAGUUAUACAUGUGGGGAUUAGCGAUAUAGCUAUAUUUGCCGCAAUAUUGGCAUGUUGAAAAAAAGCCACAAAUUAGUUAGCCUGCGAGCAAGCUCUCAAGGUGAAUUGAGAGCCUUCACUGAUGGCAUACAAUUUUGGAUAUCUGCGUCUCGAAUCGGGACUCGAAAUUCUCAUUGGUCAUGCAGAUGCUAUAAUUUAUAUGUUUCCGCUGAGCUCUAUAUGUGUCAACUACUGAAUCACAAUGUCAGGGCCGUAGCGAGGGGGGUAUUGGGUGGUGGCUAACCCCCCAACUUUUUUAGAAUUAACAUAUUCGGAAAAUCGGGUUGGCCAUUCGGAAAAUUACGGCAGUUGAAUAGUAUAACAAAAUUUUAGUUGUUAAACAAAGAAAAUAUAACAUAAUUGUAUUGUCAGUAUAAACUGAUUUACGAAAUCAUGGCAUUUACGUAGAAAACAUUUAACAAAUCGGUAAAUGUUUUUCGGUUUAUUACUUCUCAGGGCCGUAGCAAUCGGGGAGGGGGCUGGGGGGGGGGAGUGAGACUGCAAGCCUGCAGCCCUCCCAAUAAUUUGCUAAUAAUCACUCUUUUUUCAAUAUCAUGCAGACCUUUAUCAUUUGAAUAAUAUACCUUUAAAAUACUGACAAUUGAUUAGUUUUAAGCGGCUAUAUUCAUUAUCCUACUUUCCUGCGACUUCUCCAAUAUAUCACGGUUAAUUAAAUUCGCCUUCGCCCGAUUUAGUACUACUAAAUUGUAAGCAAAUGUAAAUUCCGAUAUACUAAAACGCUGUUUUCUGACUAUCAGAAUUUUAUCAAACCUAAUUCCCUAAAGUCCAGGAAAUGGCAUUUCAGAGACUCUCAAUUUAAAAAUUUCCUCGGGCCGAAGGCCCUCGUUUUCAGCCCCUCCCCCCAAUAAAAAAAGCUUCCUACAGCACUGCAUGCUUCUGUGAUAUGUCUGUUCGUAAAAUAUGUGUAUUUUCGUUGGUAAAUUGCGUCUUCAUUUACCGGAUAGCAAACACCUAAUUCGUGGCUACCAACUAUAUACAUCCUAGCCAUGGCCCUGGCUAUGUAUAAAAACGCAUUUUAACUGAUCAAAUUGGUCUUGGCCAUCUUAUCUCAAUUAAAGCACGAAAUGUUCUGUUUUGAGAAAAUAGUAAUUAAAACAUUUAAAUUCUUGCUUGAAUAUCUUAUAUUUUGAAAAACAGUAUAAACUGUACGAUCUAACUUUAGUUUUUUGCACGGUCUAAAUUUAGUUUGCAUGAAAGUUGUAAACAACACCAUAUAAAGAUAGACAUUCCAUUUUGGAAAAACGAAGAUACUUGUAUGCCAUCAGUGCAGGCUCUCAAUUGACCUUGAGAGCCUGCUCGCAGGCUACAAAUUAGUAGAAACUAGACAAUUUAAACCUUUCAGUUUCAAUGCCCUACAAUUUCAAAAUGACUUCAGUGCAGCUUUAUAGUGUCUUUUAACUCUUUUCUAAUAUUAAUGACGCAAAUCAAGCGUGGGAGACUUGGAAAAAAAUCUUUUUGGAUCUUGCUAAUCAACAUGUUCCACUGAGUGCGCUUUUAACCCUUUCUCUCAAUUUCAGUCGUAUUUAAUGCGUCGAAUUUCAGUCAAGUCAUGAUAUCCGACGAAAAUUCGACGUAUAAAUUGAUUAAAUCCGUCGGGAUGCAUUAAAUGCGACGCUGUCGAAUUUGCGACAUGAUCAGUCGUGUAAUGCGACCGAAACGCGACACUGAUUUAUACGUCGAAUUUCCGUCGCAUUUAAUAAAAUGAAUAAAUUAUUUAAAUUAGAUUGUUAUCCACAACUGUACCCUAAAAUCAAUAACAACACACUUCGUGGACUCCACGAAGUGUGAUUUUUAACAUGGCGGACAAACAACAUCCAUGUUCUUUUUGGAAAAAUCCACUAAAUAUCGUUGUAUUACAUAUAAAACGUACGUUUGCAACCGUACAUCAUGUUCUAUGGCUAUAACAGACGAAGAAAUUGAGGGAUGGAUUCCAAAUGUAAGCGUUGCUUACUGCACCAAUUACUGCCCCGAAAAUAUCUUCCAUAUCAAUGAUUUUCUCUUUCAUGAUGUAUGUUUUCCGUCAAUGGAAAAUAACUAGACAUAUAAUCCUGCCAUGAAUGUGUAACCAUUACUUCACAAACCUCAAUGACAAUUUUAUGAACUCUAAGAAGAAAAAAACUGAUAGAAAAAAAAGGAACUGGCAAAAAAAGAAACAAAAAAGAAACUGGCAGUUCUGUUUUAAUUUUUUUCUCCAACUGGUUUCCAAUCUUGUGAAGAAUGGUUGGGAAGAUUUGUCGUGACACGGGAAAAGUAUUCUUUAAACGCUUUUCAGAAUAGUUUGACCACGGAUAGACCAAAUCCAACCAAUAACUUCACCGCACAGAUUUUUCAAGUUGACGCCUUUGUCUUCUAAUUUUCAGGAUUUGUUUCAAGAUAAUUGCUUUGGUGAACGCCGCCAUAUUUAUUUUACAGGCCUUCAUUUGUCCAUCUUAAAGCCUGCAACACCCGCAUGUUUUGAUUUUCCAACCAAAAUUCGACGUCUAAACUGCACGCAACACUUCGGUCGAAUUUCCGUCGCAUAAUAGACCUUAUUCAUAAAUCGUGAUGAGGCCUCGUAUCCUAGGAAACGGGGAAAAACGCGGGAAAAUUGACAAAAUUUGUUUUUUUGCUGUCGGCUAUGGCAGCGUUUUUUCGUGAAUAUCACGGCUUUUUUCGAAAAUAAUAUCUAGAAAACUGAGCUUGAAAGUUGAAAAAAAUACUUCUGAGAAAAUAUAACAUGAUAUUUAAAGCAAAAGAUGCUGGAGUCAAUCGAAAAAGGAAACCUUUGACUUUGUAUAUUAUUGCCAAUUAAGUUUGUAUGGCCAAAACAAACAACCAACAAGGCUACAAAACGUCUAUACAACACCAAAAUCGCAAGAAAUAUGGAACUAUUGUUGAAGAAAUAGGAUUACAACUCACUCAGGUAAUGUAGCCCUCAUUUUUUAAACUUGUAAGCUGCUUGCAGAAUGUUAUCGAGCCACAGCCAUAGUUCAUAUUUUCCCGUAAGAAUCAAUAACAUUUGACGUUCUCUUGUGAAUUGUGACCUGUUGUUUUCUUUCAUAUUAAUGUCAAGUUCAAAAAUUAUACUUUCAUUCCAUAGUUGUAUUGAUUUUUCACGGAAUAACCUUUAUAUUGACGUUAAAAUCUCAGUAAAAUACAGCUUUUGGCUUCUGGAUAAACACCAUCGCUACGUACGUUGUCAUUUUUUCCACACAAAAAACGGGAGAAAAACCGGUCGCUUUUAUAAUAUACUCGUUUACCGCUUUCGUUGUGGGCACAAAGUCUUAAAAUACACACAAAAAUCGUUAUAAAUCGCAAAAAGCAACAAGAAACAAGCCGUUAAAGUCGACACAAUAGCAUCUGAAUUUGGAUUGUCAAGCGGUUUUCGCUUGUUUUCCCGCGUUUUGUUCCCGUAUCCUAGGAUACGAGGCCUCGUCACGAUUUAUGAAUAAGGUCUAUUGUUACAUUAAAUUCGACGAAUUAAAUUCGACUGAAAUUCGACGUAUAAACUAGGCCUAAGAAACAUAGUUAUCAUGCACAGAGAUUAUUUAAAAAAGAAAGCGGUUAGACCAAAUUCACCUUACUCUUUCCAGGCUUAUAAGCAAUGCAAAAAUCAAUUAAAUAUGUGUAUUGAAGAAACAAAGAGACUUUACUAUACAACUCCAAAUUAUAGCUAGUAGCAAGAAUAGUAAAGAGAGUUGGCGAACAAUAAAUGAAUUAUUAAUUAACUCAGGCAAUCCAAGGCAACAACGAUUAAUGAGGUUAAUGUUAAUAGGAAAACAAUAGUUGGUGAUAACAAAUUGAUAAUGAUUUUAACAAAUGUUUUUCUGAAAUAGGCCAAAAAACGUGCAGAAGAAAUUCCCCACAAUGAUAAACUACGUAAUUAUUAUAAGUAAUACCAUGGUUUUUAAGAAUAUAGUGAUUAAAUCUCCCGCAAACCGAGGGAGGUUUGUGAAAGUCCCGAGAGAAAGCCUGAGGGCGAAGCCCGAAGGCGUCCCGAGGGACUUUCACAAACCUCCUCGGUUCGCGGGAGAUUUAAUCACUAUAUUCUUAAAAACCAUGGUAUUAGUUUGUAAUACCAUGAUGACCGAGGUGAGGCUACUGUUUUCAUUGUACAAAAUUAAUUGAUAGUACGAAUAUUGUGUAAUACAAUGCACGAUCAGUGAUGUAUACAACAAUUUUCCAUUGUCGGAAAUUCGUUGGGAAUAAACAAUUCUUAAUAUACAUGUGUCAGUGCCGGGUGCAUGUGCAUGUAUGCAUAUAAAAUGAGUUACUUUUUAACUCAACUCAAGUCUUGUUUUUGGACGCUCACUAAGAAUGAUAUGGCGGAUAAACGUUUCUCGUUUGUUAUGGAAGCCGAUGUUCAGAAAGUUAGAGAUAACAGAACGCCUGAGAAUACUAUCAAACACACUAGGUGGAGCACGAAUGUUUAUAAAGCAUGGGCAAAGGCAAGAAAUACCGAGUUGCGUGACUUUGAAGCCGAGAGUGAAGUAUUCAAGCGUGUGCUAGAUUUGCAGGAGAUGAGCGUUGACGAAAUUAAUCACUGGUUUAGCCGAUUAACGCUAGAAGUACGGAAGAGAAACGGUAAAGAAUACCGCCAUGAAGUCAUGUAUAGCCUGUUUUGUGGUUUAAACCGAACAGUUCAGUUGCAAUAUCCAAAGUUAAACCUGUUUAAUUCGGCUGAGUUUAAGCCGCUUCAGCAAACGCUCUACAGAGAACUACAGAGCACCCAAAGCCCAAUGAAGAAGAGAGCAGAUGCAGUGACGGUUAGCGAUGAAAGGGUAUAGAUUUGAGCGGACUACUACAAGGAGCUAAUUGUGGAACUGUGAACAUCAACAUUAAUAUGAGUAAAUAAAUUACUGUCUUUAUAAUAUAGUUGUGUGAAAUGUUUAGUGAAAAGUGAAUAUUAAUAAGUCGAGUAAUUAACACUUUAUCUUACUGUUAUUAACAUUGUAGUGUAAUUAUUUUGUUUGUUGCGUAAAAGCUAUUAAGAAAAUUCUUUGUCGUGUCUUUGAAUUUUGGUUCAUGACUUUUAAUCAGGGAGAAAUUAGAAAUCUGCCCGGCUUUGCCGGGAGAAUUAGAUAUCUCCCCGCUAAGCCGGGAAUAUCGUGAUUAAACCACCCGGCGAGAACAAAAGAACCCGAGGUCAUCAUGGUAUUACAGUGUCAAAUUCAUUUAGCUUUAAAACAAUUUCAAAAGAGGAGAAAAAUGGUGUCAUUUCCAAUAUGAAAGAAAACAAAUCAGCAGGUAUAUUGAUAAAAUUUCAAUAAGACUCGAUCGUGCAAGGAGCAGGAAGUGCUAUAUCAGCUGGAGUCCUUGCAUCACAUAUUCAACUUGUCUUUAAAUACUGCAUGGUAUAUUCCCUGAUGACUGGAAAAUUGCUAUAAAUCUAUAAAUCUGAUGAUAAAACAAAUUGGGGGAAAUUAUAGACCUACUUCUGUUAUACCAAAUGUAGUUAUAGUAUUUUUAAAAAUUAUCAAUAACUAUCUGCUUGUUUUUCUGAAUGAAAACAAAGUUCUUGCCAACAAUCAGUCAGGCUUUUGUCCAACCUCGUUCCCAGGGCUUUCGUGUGAGGACGAGGGGGGAGACGAGAAAGCCCUGAAACAUACAAAUGGUCAACCACAAAUUCCAUACCUAUUAAGCGAACGGAAAGAGAAAGCUUUUGGAUUGACAAAUUGAGUACUUUAUGUCCCUUUGGACCGAUGUGUAUGCAAAUGUGCAGAGGCGAGGAUGUAAAGGACGUGGACGUUGAACUUAUUUCGUUUCUGGCGGACGCAAAUUUAUAGGACAUGUUGAGGGAAAUAUUUCAUGACACAUGAGGUACCCGGACAUUUUACCGAAAGACACUUUGCCGAAAGACACUUCGCCGAAAGACAUUUUGCCGAAAAGGACAUUUUGCCGACGGACAUUUUGCCGAACGGACAUUUUGACGAACGGACUUUUUGACGAACGGACUUUUCGCUGAAAAGACAUUUUGUCAAAUGGACAAUUUGCCGAAAAUAGAGAUGUUAUUUCGUUAAAAUGUUAAACACCCACGUUCGCCCACAAUGUUUAUCAAAUUGUUUGGGACGGUGACUCAAUUGUCAUGUGAGUCAUUAGCAGUGCAUAACCAUAUCGAUAGUUUGUUUGUGCAGCGGAUGACUCAUCUGUUGGGAACGUGUUUUGACGUCAGGUCGUAAACAAACAAGCAUAUAAAAAGGCAGCGGCGUAAGCAAAUUUCAUUUCGAGAAUGAUGGAAUAAGCAUGCUUUUUAUAAAUAUGUACGCCAAUAUACAUUCUUUCAUGCAAUAUAAUUAUACAUAAUAAACUUUUACAUUAACAUUCAUGAAUCAUGUUAUUCUCAGCUACAAAUAUAAAACAAAACAUGGUCACUGUCAAAGUUCAGUUCAGGGACGAGCCAACGAGAACUCGUUGUGGGCCCUUGCCAUCAUGGGCCCCUAAAAUCAAAACAUUGAAAUUCUUUCAAACAUUGAGAUUUUAAUUUUCAAAGAUAUUACAGUUUAUACUGUUCACGGAAAAUAUUACGGAAAAUAUUACGGAAGAAUUUUCGUAUGUUGGACCGAAAAGUUCCCAUAUACCCGGAAAAAAAUUAGUAUUUACGGAAAAUUGACGAUAUGUCCGGAAAAUUUUUGUAUUCCAGGAAAAAUUAUGAUAUGUGCGGAAAAAUUUUGGUACAUCCGGAAAAAAAUUGGCGACCUUCCCCCACCCCACCCCCCAACCCAAACUCCCGGCCAACAUUUUUUCGAAAAAAUAUUAAUAUUGAGCUAUCGUUCACUGCAUGCCUGGGCCCCAUCAGACGUUGCUCAUUCGUUGUCUUUUUUAAGACCCCAUCACGUCCCUGCUCAAAGUCAACAAUGCAUGACUUUUAUCAAAGACUUUAAUCAUAGAAACUUUGAUCGGUGUGAGCGAGCCCUUAAAGUUCAGAAAAUAUCUCUAUUUUUGGCAAAUUGUCCGUUCGGCAAACUAUCGUUUCGGCGAAAAGUCUGUUCGGCAAAAUGUCCGUUCGACAAAAUGUCUUUCAGCAAAGUGUCUUUCGGCAAAAUGUCCGGCCACCGAUACAUGCUGGCCAAAAUAUACAGCUUCAGGCUUGAAGGUACCGGACAUUUUACCGAAAAUGGUAAAAUUGCGCCUGAAUGACCAAUAAGAGCACACCUAGUUUUUCUCACUUAGGGAGUGAGCUUGAAAUUUUAUUUAUGCCAGAUUAGCUCUGAGAUGUUUCGUUUCUAAUUUAUCUUUGCAUUCAGAUCGACCAUGUCCACCAGACAAGCCACGUGUUAACUGUCUCGUUGCUCCAUGUAUGUUUGCGACAUGUCCAGCAUAUCCACAAGCAAUAUGUGUGGACAAUUACUGUGGAGGCUGUUUUGCCGAUUUCUAUUACCAAUACCGGAAAGUUGACUGCAGUAAGUAUAACAACAUACAAAAUACACUACGGGUAUAUUUGUCUCUAUUACCCCGCGCUAUAAGACUGGAAUAUGAUAUUAUCUGACAUGACGUCACAAGCAAUUAUGUGCAAUUUAUCUACGCAUGCGUUAGAUUUGCCGAAAGAAGAUGGCGGCAACAAAACAGAUUUGAAAAUUCCUCAGCAGCCAGCACGCAGUCCUAAACAGAAAACAUUGUCAAAAGAAUGAAUAUUUUGGAUAUCGUUGCACAUCAUAUACUUUGAAGAAAUUAGACUCUGUUCUUUAUAGUAAUAAUAGCAAUAAUAAUACGGAAAAUAUAUUGAAAUAUAUGUUUAAAUUUGGUAGUUUUGCAGAUCUUUACAGCUAAUAAAAUAUCAAGAAGCAUUCAGUACAUAAUUAGGAGGCUUAUAUACUAUUUUGGUAGGUUUUCUAUGCAGGAGUAGUUUUUAGCCGAGUAGUUUGAAACUUUGUUACCCUAAUAUCUGCUCCGAGAAACCUCACCUUUAUGAUAUAUUAGAAAGGUCCAGUAUAGCUACUAGCUACAACUACUUCUCUUAGAACGCUGUCGAACGCGCAUCUAGUCUUAAUCGGGUGCAUCAUACGCAUCUGAUUUCUAGUCCCAAACUCAAGCGGUAGUGGAAGUCAAUUCUACAAAUUUUGUAAUGUUGAAAAUAUUUGCAAAGCUGCAAACAUAACACGUGCCUUGAUUUAUCUACAGUGUUAGUAAAGGAGAUUCUAUUAACAUUUUUUGCAUCAUUUAUGAAACCAAUUAAAGUAUGAUGUGCAUGCAAAACAAAUCGUAGCUAUGUUGGACUUCCGGAAGGGGAGCAUAAUGAAUGUCUUUUUCUUAAAGAGCGACGGAGAAAGGCUUAUUAGAAUGGGGUUUGAGGUGGCGAGGUAAAUAGAUGAUUUGGGAUAUAUGCGCCAUAUUAUCUUCAGAAGCAAUUAACUUCCCGACGAAGCGCCUUCGCUCGAACCAUCGAAGUUCUGCUUAUAUUUUUCAGGUAGUUGUAAAUCAUAAACACCACAACCGCUUUUUAUCAUUAUUAAUUUGGUACCUUGUUCUUUUAUUAUUAAUGUGCUUAUUUAAUUUUAACUUUGUUGUUCCAGGCGUUUAAUUCCUCGUCAUGCAGUUUGCCUGCCGCCGUGAAGUUUUUUUUCAGAAUUUAGUUAUACUAUAUAUAUUUGUAACAAUCUAUAUAAACCAAACUGUAUGCUAGUGUAUGUCUAAAAGAAAAAGGUGAUUAAAGUAAAUUCAGUAC